AGAGAAGCGGAUUGAAAACGAAGAUGAGCAUAUCGAGAUGAGUAGGGGUUCAGAUUUGUCGCCAUUAGAGAGAAACAGGGAGGAGAGGUUGAAGUUGCCCAGUCUCACUGUGAAGGAAAGGAAAGAGCUCGCCUCUUACGCUCAUAGCUUGGGGAGAAAGCUGAAAAGCCAGUGUGGCAAGUCUGGUGUUACACCUAAUGUUGCGACCUCUUUCAUUGAGACCCUUGAAGCUAACGAGCUUCUCAAGAUUAAAAUACACCGGACUUGUCCAGGAGAGCUAGAUGAGGUCGUGAAGCAGCUGGAAGAAGCAACUGGUUCGGUGACUGUUGGUCAAAUUGGUCGGACAGUGAUUAUAUACAGGCCUAGUCUCACCAAAUUGAAGGCAGAAGAGAAGAAGAAGCAAGCUCGAAAAGUGUUUCUGAGAAAACAGCUAAAACCAAAACUAAGUAAGGAGCAAGGGUCAAAGUUUUCGCGGCGGAGAUAAUUUUGGAAACACUAGCUAACAAUUCUUGGUGUACUUAUGUUGAGGUUUGCCCUAUACGGAGUGAGGCUUUGCAUGCAUGGCAUUUAGAAGCUAAAUUCACAAGC